AUGUUUGCAAGAGGACUCAAGAGGAAAUGUGACACGGAGGAAGAGGUGGACGGGCCUGUGGCCGGCUUUCGGGCUGUCCCCUCCUAUGACCUGCAGCGACAGUCCCUGCUGGAUAUGUCCCUGGUGAAGCUGCAGUUGUGCCACAUGCUGGUGGAACCCAACCUCUGCCGCUCGGUGCUCAUUGCUAACACCGUUCGGCAGAUCCAACAGGAAAUGAGCCAGGACGGGACCUGGCGGGUGGCCGCUCCCCAGGGUGUAGGGCCCGCGCCUCCUCACGACCGCCUCGUCUCCACGGACAUCCUGUGCCGCUCAGCCCAGGAGAGGAGCAGGCCUGGCCCCGGCGGCGACAGCAGCUUCCCUAAAGGCUUUGAAGACGGCCCUGCUCCAGACAUGACCUCUGACCUUACGUCCAGCAUGCCGGCUCCGGCGCCCAGACACGCCCCCAGCAGCGUGUGGGACCUGGACAGCUCUCGGGAGAGCCGGGGAAGCUUCCAGAAGUCUCUGGAUCAGAUCUUUGAGACCUUGGACAGUAAAAGCCCCGGCUCCAUGGAGGACCUCUUGUCGGACGUCGACAGCUCCUAUUACGACCUGGACGCGGUACUGACAGGCAUGAUGGGCGGCGCCAGGGCUGGCCCCUGCGACACACUCGAGGGCCUGGCGCCCCUGACCGCUGCGCCGCCCGGCCCCAGCUGCAAGGCCGACCUGGGGGAGCUGGACCACAUUGUGGAGAUCCUGGUGGAGACUUGA